UGUGACUGGCAAGAGAUAGGAGUUGAGUUGGCUUUAUGAAUGUCGCAGAUACUCUAGCAUUUACGUUGUUGUGUCUAUUGUUUCGUUUUGAAGACCACACAAGUUCAGACAGAAACUCAAAUGUUGUUCAAUUGACACUUUAUCUCGUUUUAUUUUACCAACGGCUACUGUCGGUCUGGCACAUCGUUUUUUGAUCUUACGUGAGUUCUGACACAACCCCCAUUCCCAUGGCCUCUGCCCUGAGCCAUCUCUCUCCAAUGUCUGGAAUAGAGAGAGAAGGAUGGAGUGAUGGAGGAGGAGAGGACCGGGUGGAGGAUGAGUUUGCGUGUUCCGGCGCGCUACGCGGAGCCCUACUGUCCUUCCACCCCUCCCUGGAGAGGAUAUUUGGGGUGUCCUUUAUGAUCGGGAGAGAGGAGGAUGCUGUGUUGCCACAUGAUGGACAAAUCUGGCUUAAACUAAGAGGAGGAAGGAACGACGUUGUGGCUGCCAAAUUGUUUGUUAAGGGAGUUGUGAACCAGGAGGCCCCGCAGGAAGUUCCGUAUCCAGGGGUCCUUCACUGUGUGUUCUGUGGAGCACGGGGGCUGUUCAUGGACUGCCUGAUCAGAAACACCUCUGCUCGCAUAGUGGUGGUUUCCCCAGGCUUCCUGCUCAUCUCAGGUCUGGCAGAACCAGUGGUCAGGGCCUACUCCCUGAUCACAGACCUUGUGGAGCGCUCCAAGGGCACCCAGGGACGACUCAGCGAGCCUAGGGACAGGGAAGCAGGCGAGACCCUGGAUUCUCGUCGGGCCUUCAAGUCCCUGGUGGAGAGAUGGGAUGACAAGCACACUCUGGACCUGCUAGUGCUACCGGGAGCAGUGAAGGAGACUUUACUGGAUCUGGUGAGGGAAUCUGGGCUGGGAUCUAACCCUGGUCCCGGGGGCUUGAACCCGGGUCAUGGGGGUUCAAACCCAAGUCAUGGGUGUUUAAAUCCUGGUCCAGGGCUGGGCUCAAACCCCAUUCCAGGGCUGGGCUUGAACCUUGGUCUUGGGGGGUCUAGAGACAGAGUGGGUCUAAUGGACACUGAUACACAGAGACUAUGGGACAGCCAAUUCGAAUUAGAGGCACUAACACAGGAAGUACAGGGGAUUUCAAUGACCAAAUCAACGACCAAACCUUCCGAACAUUCCUACCACAACCAAGACCCUGGUCUACGGAAUAUUGGACUGUUUUCUCAACAGACGUUCACUACCGCAACUGUAAAAGUUACAGAGGGAAGCGGAUAUGGAACACAAGGAGGGAUAGGGAUUGGGAACGAAGCAGCCCCCCAAGAUCCCAUCUUCCACUCUUUCCCCCAAAACGAAGACAUUCGUGGUCGAGCCGAGGGGUCGGAGGGGGCAAAAGAGGUACAAGGGCGUUCCCCACAGGAGGUAAAGGAGGAGCGACACCUGGAAGAGGAGGAGGAGAUAGAGACAGAGGAGGGAGAAGGGAACAUGUUGUCAGUAGGGAGCAAGGAGGAGUUUGGCCUGCUUCUGAAGUUCUUCACGGCUAUGGGCUAUGCGGAAGACGUGGUACUGAGGGUCCUAGCCCAGACCAGACCCAGAGAAGCUUCCCAGAUCCUGGACCUGGUGCAACAAGAGCAGGACCGGACCAGACUGGCCAUGAACAGCCUUGUGGAGCUAGCGCAUAGAGAGGUGGAGGAGAGGGGAAGCGAGGGGGAGGAGAGCGGAGGUGAAGAAGUGACAGGAAAGAGAAGCGGUAUAGAUAAAAGAGUGGAGAUGGAGGGAGGCGUGGGAGAAGGGGUGAGGGCUAGAGAAGAGCAAAGAGAGGAGAAGGAAAGAGGGGGGGGGAGUGCAGGAUUGUCUGAUGAUUUGUCCAAGGAUUCAACAGAGGUAGACAGGGGGAGAGGUGAGGGGGGCAGGGAGAGUGAUGAAGGGAACAGUAAGGGAGGAGAGGUGGGGAACGAGGAUGAUUUUGUACUGGGGGUGCUGAAGAGGGCUGCGGCCAACUGUGGGUACACAGAGGAGAAGGUAACAGAAGUAUACAGUAUGUUACCUGAACUGUCCAUACGUCAGCUACUCCUGGAGCUACAGAGAGAGGGCACCAGAGAGACAGAAGCCAAAUCCCAGGACAGGGUACGUGACGAACCAAGAGAGGUGAAUGAGGUUGUCUCAGAGGUACGGAAAAAGAAGUGCAGAAAAGAGGAAACGGAGAAGGAGAGGGGUAAAGAGAGGAAGGCACCGGCACAACCAUUCACAACUACUGAAAACCGAGGAGUAGAAAGGAAGAGUGCCAAAGGAAUGAGUGAAAGGAAGGCGGAUGAGGUAGGAGGAGUGAAGGUGCCAAACCGAACCGUUGAUGGCCCAGUUAGGGUUGAACCGGAUCUGGCUCAGUGGAAUGCUGUGAUGAACCAGGUUCCGUUCCCGACCCAUGGUCUCCAGAAGAACCCCACACAGACACGACAGCAACCCGGCCAGACACACCCUCCCCGUCGAGCCAGCCCCCCUUUAGUCAGAGGGCCUCCCCAGCCCACCUACCCCAUCACACUACCUCCACAACCCACCAACCUUCCCUUAUUUCCCCAUCAACUUGUUUACCCUCUCACCCAGCCACAUCAGACCACCUUAGACUCCGCCCUCACCGUGAAUAACUCCUCAGCAACCAGAGUGAAGGAGAAACGGGGUUUCCUUACCCUAGCAACAGAGGUUCCAGAAAGAAAGGGUCUCCCUGCCCCGGCUGUUGAAAGAUGGGGUCUCCCGCCCAUGGCAGCAGGGUCUUUAGUGACCGGGCAGCAGCGCUUCCUGGAAGGACUACAGACGCCAUUUGACCUCAAGCUGACUGACCAACCAGGAGACCCAGGGCUCAGGAUGGUGGUCAUCGACGGGAGCAAUGUUGCCAUGAGUCACGGUCUGGGUAAUUUCUUCUCGUGUCGAGGAAUCGCCCUGGCCGUGCAACACUUCUGGAACCGCGGCCAUCGCAGAAUCAGCACCUUCCUGCCCCAGUGGAGGCAGAAGAGAGACCCCCGGGUCAAAGAGCAGCACUACCUUACUGAGCUCCAGAACCUGGGUCUCCUGUCCUACACCCCCUCCAGAGAGGUCCAGGGGAAGAGGAUAAACUCAUACGAUGACAGGUUCAUGCUGCAGCUGGCCCAGAAGACAGAUGGCGUGAUCGUGACAAAUGACAACCUUAGAGACCUGCUGGAUGAGUCCCAUGAAUGGAGAGACAUCAUCAAGAAAAGACUCCUCCAGUACACGUUUGUAGGUGAUCACUUCAUGGUGCCUGAUGACCCGCUGGGCCGAGAAGGACCCCAUCUGGAUGACUUCCUACGCUCACUGCACAGGGCUCCUGUCUCAGGCAGUCACUCAUUUGCGGGCAUUGCCUCCACCCCCUUCCCCCAAGCUCCCAGGGCCCAGACAGAGGUCCUGAAGUUCAGGGACAGAACACCUGGUGUAGCUGUAGAGCCAGAGUCCAGGCAGGCCCGCGACAGAGGGAAAAGGAAGGGGCAGGCUAAGGCUGGACACGGUAGCCCUGGAAUGGACCUUGUUCCAGGGAUGGGCCUUGGCCUGGAUAUGGAGAGGAGUGCAGCGGAGACCUCCAGACUUAGGGAGAGCUUAUCCCAGGUGUUCCCAGGACAAGACAGCAUUGUUACUCUGGUGCUGCAGUGUAACCCUACAGUGACCGACAUCAAUUCACUGUCACACUUUAUGCUGCAGCAACAGAUAGAGAGUGAGCAGGGGGGUGUAGACUGAGUGAUGGGGGGAGGACGCUUGUUUGUGUGUGUGCGUUGUGCGUGCGUGUGUUUGAGGUGGUAUUCCAGAAAAAUAAGACUAAUGUUCGAAGACCAAUAACUUUCUUUCUUCCUUUCUAUUCAGUCUAGUCCAUCGUGUGCAUAUUGAUGUAGUAAUGUAUAUUAUUUAAGUGUUUGAAUGAUAGGUUUAGUUAAAAGACAUACAGAUCUUCAAAUGAUGUUUCUUAAUAGAUUUUUAUCCAGUUAAUGUUGGAAACAGGAGUUAAAUACUGCAAAACCAUUUUUAAAACAUAAUUCGUACCCUUACAUUUUUAUUUUAUUUUUUUGAAUCACUUCUGGCCACUGUUGGAUUUUGUGUUAGGGAUGAGUAGUGUUGCUGAAUUCAGUGUACAAUGUUAUCUAUUCAACAUGGAAUUAUGAAGUUGAUGAUGCUCAACUUCCAAUGAAUGAUUUCAAACUCAGAAGUGUUCAAUAGUAUAACUUUGUUAAUGUUAUUACAUGAACUGUAGUUUAAAGAGUAGGACGAUUGUUUAUUUUUAUACUGUGUGUUCAUACCAUAAAUGCCGUUUGAAAUAGGAAUAAUAUAAUUGUAAGAAGAGUUAGAAAAUGCAUAUAAACCAUAACAAGAAUUAACAAAUUGAACAAUCAUUAGAUGGUAAUAUUGAAAAAAUAUAAUCAAUCAAAUCUUAUUAAUCAAUCAAUGAAUUAACCAAUUACACAUGUUCUCCUUGUGGGGACUGUUACAUUGAAUGUAACCCACCGAAUGUAAAUUCAAACACAUGUUUGUCAUGUUAAGACAGUUGUUUACACUUAGAAAUAACAAGAAAAUUAAGUACAUUGAAUCAAAAACAUGGAAGGUGUUCCACAGGGGUUGUUUCUUGGUCCUGUACUUUUUACUGUUUACAUUAACAAAAUUGACUUGUCUGUAAAAAAAAAUUGUAACCUGCACUUGUAUGCCUAAAGUACUGUUGUUUAUGCUAUUGUUGACCAAGCACGGUUGACCAAGCUCUGUCUGAACUACAGUCUGCCUUCAUUGUAUUACAGAAAAACUUUAUUGACCUGAAAUUAGUAUUGAAUACAGGUAAAAGUAUAUGUAGUUCUCUAGAGCACAUAAACAUAGCUCUGUGUUAAGCAUAUGUACUUUAGAUGGUGUCAACAUUGAUCGUGUCCCUGCUUCCGAGUAUCUGUAUAGAUGAAAAGCUGUCUUUUAAAAAGCAUAUUCAUGAGUUAGUUAAGAAGCUGAGAAUAAAAAUGAGCUUCUUCUAUAGAAAUAGGUCCUGUCUCUCGAUAAAUAGAGAGUCAGGACCUGGGGCGGCAGGGUAGACUAGUGGUUAGAGUGUUGGAAUAGUAACCGAAAGGUUUCAUGUUCAAAUCCCCGAGCUGACAAGGUACAAAUCUGUCUUCUGUUCUGUUCAAAUCUGUCUUCUGUUCUGGAAAAUCUGUUCUGCCCCUGAACAGGCAGUUAACCCAUUGUUCCUAGGCCGUCAUUGAAAGUAAGAAUUUGUUCGUAACUGACCGUAAAGGUUCAAAAAAUAAAUUUAAAAAUGCAGAUUAUUCAGUCAACAUUCCUAUAGGUCCUAGACUACGGCGACAUCAUCUAUAUGAAAGCAGCUGCUACUUCAUUAAAGCCAUUAGAUGCCGUUUGUCAUAGCUCAUUGCGCUUUGUUACGUGCGACAAUUGUAAUGCUCAUCACUCUGCAUUCUCUACCAGAAAGUUGGUUGGCCCUUUUUGAUACAUUGCUUUGUUUUCAUUUAUAAAGCACUUUUACAAAAAGUCCCACUUUACCUAACGUCAUUACUGAACCUUUGACAUACGAGUUACCACACCUGGUUAACUCUGGAAAUGUAUUUGUUCUCUACUGAGUUAGGUAAAUCAGCUUUUAGUUUUCAUGCACCUUAUUUGUGGAACGAUCUUCAAAAUGUUCUUAAAUGUGUUGUUUUGGUGCCUCUGUGGCAAUUCAGAAAGCUGAUUUUAGGACCUUUAUUACUGAUGAAUGUGUUAUUUGUUUUAUGACCGUGUAGUUUCUUUCCUUCUGCUUGCAUUUUGUAUUUAUAUUGAUGUGUGUAUUUUCUGUAAUUUAUGUCAUUCAGGGCUCAUAAAAUAAAGGUUGAAUAAAUGGU